AUGCCUGAGCUCAUUGUGGGGCCUCUCGGCUCGUCCACGGGGUGCCGGGUGGACCCGACUCCCACCACCCCAGCCGUGUCUGUGGUGGACAGGGGUGGCCCAGCCAAGCCCGCGCAGCCGCGCCCCGCGCCCCGCCGGCCGCUCAAUCUGAACCACUACGCCACCAAGAAGAGCGUGGCGGAGGGCGUGCUGGACGCGGCGCUGCUCCUGUCCAACGCCGCGCGGCUCAAGGCCGUGCUGGAGCAGGGCCCGGCCUCCGCCCACUGCGCCGCGCUGCUGGCGCUCCUCGGCGCCUCCCUGCUGCUGCAGCUGGCCCUCGGCGUCCUGCUGGCGCUCAUCGCCCGGCUGAACCUGAACGAGGUCGGCAACCAGUGGCGCUUGAACCAGCUCAACAACGCCGCCACCACCCUGGUGUUCAUCACGGUGGUGGUCAACAUCUUCAUCACCGCCUUCGGGGCCCACAAGACGGGCUUCCUGGCCGCCAGGGCGUCGCGGGCCCCCGUCUGA